AUGACGAAUGUCACGGUGCUGUUUCUGCUAAUGUGUUGUGUUCUAUGUGUGCACUUUCUGUCUGUCGGAGUAGAGGCAAGAUUACCAGACGUUCCGUUGUUGGAAAUGCGAGACUCACGCGACCAAAAACAGGUGAGUUUGGUUAGAUAUCCUGGCUAUGAUUUAAACAGCAUAGUCGUUUGAUAUAAGGCUAACUUUAUUCUAUGAAUCAAUUCAGUCUAGUGAACAUAAUUGUUUAAUGGUAAGUUGACUAUGAUGAUUAGGCCUAUGGUUUCGUCCCCAAUAUAGCCAACUAAUUUUCACUCUUCUAUUCUAGUUGGGUGUCCCUGUCCAUGAUAAGGGACACCUUCAGAGGGAAAUGGCUUCCUCCGUUUUGAGAAAUAAGUUCAACCGCCUUCCUGGAGUAUGUCAACGUCUACGCAGAAGGAGAAUCACAAUUCUGGUACAUUAUUGGCUGUAACUAACCACAGGCUUCACCCUAUCUUUUAUGCUUCCUAGAGCUGCUUUUCUGUUGAGCUGUUUUGUCAAAAAUGCAGUUGGACAACUUGUUUUUAGUAGCCUACCCAUGUCCCUUUUCCUAAUUUAGUAAACCAUGGGCCCAAUCAAAACCCAGUGAGGACUACCAGCUUUGAUUGAGUAGGGCCCCAAGUUGCUCUAGUUAGUCUUCAGUUUGAUUGUGGCACUAGUGCGACAUCUAGUGGUAACUUGGAAACCACCACCAACUUCACAGUGCCUUUGUUUGGCAUCGGUACAAUCUAGCACACACAAAUCAACAAUGGAAUCAACUUUGUCAUGUACUUUUCCCUUUCAGUGCAAUUCCAACGUGGGCAAGUACUGUUCGGUCAAAGAAGGAAUUCAACAUGGCCACAUUUGCCGCUGUCCAAGAGCAUCAAAGUGUAAAUACUUCUUUCUGAGGAGUCUGUAG